AUGGCUUUACACCAAGAAAGGUCCAUGAAGAAGGAACCAUCUUCCACCAGUGCAACUUCUGAGGAGUUGGGUCCAAUUGCGGACGAUCUUUUGAGCGAGGAAUCUGAUUUCUACGUAUCGGGAUACAAUAAGCUGGCCGAUACAUACAAUCCACAAAAACACUGGGAAAUCCAUGGAUGGAACGCUCAAGUAAACGCAAUCAAAGGAAGGAAGGUGGCAAAGAGGCGUGCCAGGAAGCUGGAGAAGGAAGAGACCAGAGCAAAGGCGAAGACAUUGAAAUUGGUGGAACAGGAUGGCCACGAAACUGUGAGGCGUGAGCAUGGCUCGAAGCAGGUCGAUACUGAUCAAAUGGAUCUCGACCUUCUCCUACCAGCAGAUGAGGUCCCCAAGCCUUCUGAACAGCAAAAGCCAGUCAACUAUUACGAAGGCCUUCCAACAGCCAAACAACUCUCCGAGUCUAUGAACGACUUUCUUGAACGCGUACCUCCAUCCACAACCCCACGAUCCCAAGGACCCUGGAUCUGGGUCGCCAAUCCAUAUCCAUCGAAAGGCAACCAGCCUGAUUCCGGCGAUAUCGGUGCUUUUAAACAAACAGGCUUCAACCUCUUGGAAGAAUACCUUGCGCGCAAAGAAGAAGUUGAGACGAAGAAUCCAGGGAAGUCACCAGCCACCAUCACACGUAUCCUCCGACCCGAACGAAUGAAACUGGAGCGUGCAAUUUUCGUGCUCGCGAAAGACAAGCACGUUAUGGACGGCAAGUGGAUGCUCUUCCCAACACCCGACGAUGUCGACCGCGUCUGGCGCAUUGUCGCCCAAGCCACCUGGGGUGGCCAGCUCGGGGUGGCAGCGAAAGUGGCCACAAAAUCCGAGGGCCAGGAAGCCCCCGAGCGAGCAGCCCAGCGGCUGAUCUGCAUCUACACGUACGAUUUCUCGGACCAGGAUGACGUCAAGCGUGUGCUGCUUUCCAUACGCGAGCUCGGCCUCCUCGAUAACGGAGGCGACCAUCCCGGGGCAGCGAGGCCGAUCUACUACAAAUGCGACGCAUACACAUACCUCGAUAUCGCUAGCGGCAAUGAAUUCAAAUUGAAGGCGAGUAUGUACAACAGCCGCGACUUGUUGAAAGAUGGAUGA